AUGAUAGAUCCUUUAGAGAACAACUUGUUUGAUCUUCCUGAUUAUGAGAAUACAGAAGAUGAAACGUUCCCACCUCUUCCACCUCCUGCCUCUCCAGGAAGAGAUGAUGUUGAGUGGGCUCAGGCUAAUGGAGAUGGAAACCAGCAGUCACAAACAAAGGAUUCUGCUGUAGCUCCACAGAGAGCAAUUAAAAGACCAAGGCCUAAACUGGAUGCCCAGAGGCUAAUUUCUGAAAGAGGACUUCCAGCCCUAAGACACAUGUUUGACAAUGUAAAGUUCAAGGGUAAGGGGCAUGAGGCAGAGGACCUGAAGAUACUCAUACAACAUAUGGAACACUGGGCUCAUAGACUAUUUCCAAAAUUGCAAUUUGAGGAUUUUAUUGACAGAGUAGAGUCUUUGGGAAACAAAAAGGAAGUUCAGACCUGCCUAAAGCGGAUUAGACUUGACCUUCCCGUUUUACAUGAAGACUUUGGGAGUAAUGAAGAUGGUGGAAGGGAAAGCAACAGCCUGGAUGCAACCACUGCUGCCUGCCCUGGAAGUGCAGAGGAACUCAGUUCUCUCCCUGGUACAACCCUCACGGAGGAGCAACAGCAGCGCAUCCAGAAGAACAGGCAGCUGGCCUUGGAACGCAGGCAAGCAAAGCUGCAGUGGAACAUCCAGGCACAGCACAAUGAGCUCUCCACUCAGUGCUUGGAAGAGGAGUUUAACACCCCAGCUGCUGAAGACUCCACUGAUCUGAUUGAAGACACUCAAGUUACUGCAACCAAGGUUCCUGUUGCAGAACCUGAAGAUACAGAAUGGGAAUGUGCCAGUGAACAGCAGUAA